AUGGACUCAGACUUCUUCUACACUCAACAGCGCCAGGAUCCGGACUACGGUCUUGAUCCUGAGAAGGCUUUCAAUCAGCUUGCAAAGAAACAUCCAAUAAUGGCUGUACCAACCUCAUAUCCCACCUUUGCGGAAAUUGAACGCCAAGCAACAGCUCUCUCAAAGUCUAUCUUCCAAUCCUGGAAAAUUCUCAAUCAUGUCGUCUGCGGGCGCUACGAGGCAGUCUGGCGUAGGUGGAACAAAAAGUCUGAUAGACAGAGAAAAUCAGUAAUCUUGGAGGCAGAUCCAGAUAUCCCUCCCAACCAUCAUCCUGAUCAACGAAUCUUGAUGCGCAUGUUGGAGAAAGGUUAUUGUCAAUGCUGUCAGAAAGUCAAGCCAACCUUUUGUGAUGCAGUUCAGGCUAGAAACAAAGCCGCAUUCAGAUGUCCACAGAUAAACCUGGAAGAUUUGGUCAAAGGAAAGAAUCUCCUGCUGUUACUCGACUGUCGCGGUCGCCAUCAACCACACUGUUUUGCCCAUGCAGACCUCGAAGCAUGCGCGACGGGAAGACACAGUACCAAUAUUCCGACAGCCUACCUGCAUGGUUAUACCAUGUAUCUGACCGGACAAACUACGGAGGAGGGCUACGGUAAAAUCGUUCACUGGAAAGAUGAGACAAUUACAUUUGCAGAGGUGGGAGACACACUUCAGUUUCAGCCUGGCCACGGCUUGCUUGUUCUUGAGAUACAAAGCAAAAUACUCGAAUUCUUGGUCAAAUGCUGCUUUGGAAUAUUCAGAGAUAUCCCGAAGGACGAGCUCUUGAAACUCGAAAUAGCUGCGCCAUCGGAAAACGUUGAAGCCUUGCCUACGAUCCAGUAUCGCUCCAAUGGCCAGUUAUCAACGAUGAUCGCUGAAGCACCUUACCGUCUGCCGACAAUCCUAGACACGACGAUCCUCCUGGCACUGGUUGAAGCUAGGAGGAACGCUGCAGAAGAUCAUAUUUGGGACAUGAGAGAAGACCCAGGAUACUUUGCAUCAGUUCUGACCGAGCAUCACGAGCACAGACCAGAAAUUAUUCGUGAUAUUGAUGGAAAAGCAAAUCCGAUUCUGAACGACGAUCGAACAUGGGAUCGAGUCCUCUCCACCGCGGUUGGUAAUGCGUAUGAAGAUCUUUUCUAG